ACGAUGAUAAGUGACAGUCGAGCAUUUAGUACGGAGGCGAGAAGGUCUUCUGAAGGCCCUUAACAAUUUUUCAGUUGUUUUCAUCUUUUGACGAUGUUCUUUAAAUGGAAUAAAUGAACUAAAUGAGCAAAAAAUAAUUCGUUCUAUGAAUAAUUUGACAAAGUGAUUUUUUAGACUUCAGUUGAAAAGUUUUUGUCUGUAAUAAAAAGAGUUUUCGAACUAAAGAUUCUUCGAAAUAUAUUGAAGGAAAAAAGAUUUUGUUUUGUCAUAGGCUUUUUAUAUGUUGCCUAGAUAUACUUCAAGCAGAACAAAAAAGAUUAUGACAUUGUUUUAUUUUGCUUAGUCAUCUUAAACAUUUUGAAUCUUGAACUGCUGUAGGGAGUUUGAGAUAUUCUCAUCCAAGACAUCGAAGUCUGCACGUCAUUGGUAUUUCUUAUUGCUGUAUCAUGCAAUAUAGCACAUGAUAACAAUAGUAUCACGUCGUAUUACGUCGUAUUUAGUACAUGCUUAACGAGAUAUUGAAGCAAACGUGUUAUCUGAGAAACUUAACUGAAAAACAGUUGACUAAAAGUGGAUGAAAUGGAUUUUCUCUCAUUGAUCAUAAUUUUUAUUGGUUCUACUACGAUGCUCUUUGUUCUAACGAGAAGGUAUUUUUCAUCCCGAGGGAUGAAGUUACCGAGGAUGCCAGAAACUUGGUGGAUCCCCGGCACUGAGAAUUCUGUCAAUAAUGACAUCAGACCGUAUAAUAUCACCUUUUCAGAAGAGGUCGUAAAAGAUUUAAAGUAUCGAUUAAAGCAUACUAGACCUUUGACGCCACCAUUGAAAGACGUUGCCUGGAAUUAUGGAACUAAUACUGAUGCUCUGCAGAAGCUUUUAGAUUAUUGGGCAAAUGAUUAUAAUUUUAAGGAACGUGAAAAGUUUAUAAAUCAAUAUUCGCAUUUUAAAACGAAUAUUCAAGGAUUAGAUAUUCACUUUAUUCGUGCAAAACCAAGCAAUACAGAGGGAAAAUGCGUAUUACCGCUGCUGAUUGUACACGGAUGGCCCGGUUCCAUAAUGGAAUUUUACAAGAUCAUUCCAUUACUAACAUCAUCGAGACCCGAGCACGAUUUUGUGUUUGAAGUAAUAGCACCUUCCUUACCUGGAUUCGGUUUCUCCAGCGCAGCUACGAUUCCAGGUCUUUCGAGCAUUCACAUGAGCGUGAUCUUUAAAAAUCUUAUGUCGAGACUUGGUUACGACAAGUAUUAUGUUCAGGGUGGUGACUGGGGUUCCUCCGUUAUACAUACUAUGUCAUGUCUAUAUCCGCAACACGUCUUAGGUAUGCAUUCCAAUUUGUGUUUGGUACUAAGUAAAUGGGUUCUAUUGAAGAAAAUAUUAUUUAAUAACUUUUCAUCUCUUCUACCUUGGAGAAAAACUAAGAAAGAGAAAUUCCUUACGUUGACAGAAACCGGAUAUUUUCAUAUUCAAGCUACGAAGCCCGACACAGUCGGAGUUGGUUUAAAUGAUUCACCCGCCGGUUUAGCGGCGUAUAUCAUUGAAAAAUUUUCGACUGGCACAAAUUCGUCUUACAAGAAUAGAAUGGAUGGAGGAUUUUUGGAGAAAUAUACGUACGAUGAAUUGAUCGACAAUCUGAUGGUCUAUUGGAUAUCGAAUAGCAUUACUACAAGUAUGAGAAUAUACGCUGAACAAUAUACCAAGUUAAACAGAACGUUGACGUCAAUCUUGGAAUCAACACCGAUAAAGGUGCCUAGCACUUGUGCGCAAUUUCCUCACGAAAUCAUGGAACAAUCUCCAAGUGAACUGAAGAAACGGUUCGUGAAUCUUUUACGCGUUACCAAAAUGCCUCGAGGUGGUCAUUUCGCAGCUUUUGAGGAACCUGAAUUACUUGCGAAUGAUAUAUGGAUUUCUGUCGACGAAAUGGAAAAGUGGAACAAAAAACAUAGGAAUAACAUUAAUUUUUAAACGAUGAAAAGAGAGGAUAUGCAAUUAUUUUAACAAUUAAAUGUCUAAAUAACAAGUAAAUGAAGUGAAUUACAAAAGUCUGGAAUAGGCAGAUAAAAUGAUUGACUAACAGUUUGCCAAGCCAUAUGUUUGAGAUCGAAUAAAGUAAAAUAAUUACUGAGAAAUGGUCUUUGUAUUUAUAAAAAUCUUAUAUUUUUAUCUUAUAUUUUAGUAUAAGAAAGCGAGAGAAUUUUGACUUCUUUAUUGCUGUUAAAACGAUGAUCUCAACAUUGUUAUUUGUUACUUUAUUUAUUUGUUACUUCGAACACAAAA